UAUAUGCAAAAGCUCAACGCAUAAUUUGAAUAAUGAAGUCACGGGUUUAGUUUAACGGCUCAAAGCUAUUUGGUUGAUUGCUUGAGGGAACAUGAGGAGCCUUGUGAAUUGUUUAGCGAUUUGUGCAAUCUUUGUUUGGGUUCCGGCUUUUGGAAAACCAGUUGAGAAUUCAGAAUGGAUAGAACUCUCUUACCCAUUCAACAGUGAGACUAUCUACUGGCCAACAGCAGUGAGUUUCCAUCACUCCUUGGUGUUCGAAAAUUACACUGCUGAUGGGUAUUACUACGCUUCAUACGACAUCAGAGCCUCUGAACACGGUGGCACCCAUAUCGACGCACCAAGGCAUUUUGCGGCGGGAAAAUGGACAACAGACCAAAUACCCCUUGAUCAUCUCAUUGGGCCUGCAAUAAAGAUUGAUUUAUCUACCAAAGCCGACAAGAACGCUGACUACGAGAUGACACCAAGCGACUUACAGGAAUGGGAAGAGAAACACGGCGUGAUCCCAGAUAAUGUUAUUUUGCUGGUAUUUUUCGGCUGGGGAAAAUAUUGGCCGAACAAGAAAACGUAUCUCGGAACUGAUCUCAAAAACACUUCCCUGCUGCAUUUCCCAGGAAUACACCCCAACGCUUCUCGUUGGUUGGUUAAGAAUCGCAAAGUCAAGAUGGUUGGUAUUGAUACCCCAUCCAUGGAUUUUGGACAGUCCAAGAUGUUCCAAACACAUCAAAUCCUCUACGCUGAGAACAUUCCUGGGCUUGAAAAUGUCGCCCACAUGGAUAAGCUGCCAACGAAAUGUUUCACAGUGUAUGCAGCACCCAUGUUCAUUUCCGGCGGAAGUGGGGGGCCUUGCCGAGUCUUUGCUCGUUUGGACGAGAACUGCUCCACGAAUGCAGUCGUAAGGUUCCAGAACUGCUCAACGAGUGCAGUCGUAAGGUUCCAGAACGACAUUGUGUUUUUGGCAGUAAUGAUUUGUCUUGUGUUUGGUUUCCUAUGACUUUGUGGGCCGAAGUACAUCAGCGGCAGUUAUAACAAUGUCUUGUAUUUGAAAAGGAAUACAGAUAAUUCACCCUUAUUUCAUAUAGCUCAAAUAAAGAAAA